GUUUGAACAAUUUGUUAAGAGCAUCGUAAAAAAAAAAAGUUAGCAUUUUAUAGCAUUUAAGCUAGUGGACUUUUACUAUGCAAGUUAGCCAAUUGUUCUUUUGUUGUCUUUAGCUCCACAUUAAUUAUUAUUUUUAAUGCAUUCGUAUUUAAUUUAUAGGUAUAUUUAGCUGUUUCUUUGUGGAAAUAUGUGUUUGAACGAUUUGUUAAGAGCAUUGUAAAAAAAAAAGUUAGCAUUUUAUAACAUUUAAGCUAGUGGACUUUUACUAUGCAAGUUAGCCAAUUGUUCUUUUGUUGUCUUUAGCUCCACAUUAAUAUUUUUUUAUACCACUUGAGGCUAAACUCAGGUAUUUUAAUUUAUGUUCCUAAUCCGAUUACUUGAUUAUUCAAACUAAAUGGUUCAUAUAUUAAUCAACUACUAAAAUAAUCGAGACCUGCAGCCGUAGUAUUUUUAGCCCUGAAUUAAAAGCACUAACUGAUUGAGCACACCUUAAAUGUUAAGGUCAUUUGUUACAGAGGUGAGGAGCAUAACAGAAAAAAGCCAGGAAAUAAAUAACACUAUUGGGAAAAAAAAAAAAUGCUGUCUGGUAUAGUUCAGGGGGCCGUAUCCGGCCCGCAGGCCGUAACUUGGGGACCCCUGGCCUAAAGUAUCCGGAUGCUUCAUAGGUAUCAAGCAAAUCCAGUAUUUGUGAGGACUCUGGCAGUGAAUUCUGUAUUAGCUUUAGCAUCCCGAUUGAUUUUUUGUUAAAACACACCAUUAAAUACACCAUUGCAAUAGUCUAAUCUGCUAAAAAUGAAUGCAUGGAUAAUCUGAAGUUGAGAUCCGAGUCCGGCAGUCCGCUCUUAAACUCAACACUUGUGUAUGCGUUCAUGUAUGUUCUCACACAUUGUGUCUCCACUUAAUGAGGGAGGAAAUCCUCCUCCCAGGUUGCCUCCAAGGGCCCACAGGAAGCGGAGGUGCCGCCCUGCACCCACCGAGGCCACCCUGCCUGACACGCACGCAGAAAUCUACAGAAACACUCAGAAACACACACAAAAAAAAAACAUACGAAAAAUAAACAAACAUUAGCGCUAACGGCAACAGGAAAUGUCAAGAUGGCAUCGCACUGAAAGACAAAUGACAGUUCGAAAGAAAGAAAAGAGGGCAAACUUCCUGCGUCAACUUUCAGAGUGGCAAAGUACACAAGAAUUUGUUUUUGUGGUCAAACGUCGGUCGGGCGUGACGACCGCAACGCUUAGUCUUCGGGUCGAACGCGGGCUCAACUUUCACAAGCACCGCGGGUCAGAGGUCGGUCAAACUCGUCACCUGUCAGCUCACGAGAUCAUCGCGUGCUGAUUGGCUGACGGAUUCCAACAAGAGCAAAGAUGAUAGCGGUGUCCGCGGCACAACGCCACUGCCGCAAAGAUGACAACAACCGAAAGGAUGCCAUCCGACCUCCAAGACGAUCUGUCCGCCGAGUACGACUUCGCCGACUAUGCCAACUGGUCACUGGAGAAUUGGCGGGAGUCGUCAGGCUACGAUGACCAAGGCAGUUCCGAGUGGUGCGAAGCGGGCGAGCAGGAAGCUGCCAUCAAGGUUUUCCAGUCGUGUCUCUUCGCCGCUAUCUUCCUGUUCGGCGUGGCGGGAAACGGUUUGGUGAUGGCGACCUUUGCGGCGAACCGUUGCCGCGGCCCGCGCUCGGUGACGGACGUGUUCCUGUUCCAGUUGGCGCUGGCGGACUUCCUGCUGCUUCUCACCUUGCCCCUGCAGGCGGCUGACACUAACACCGGUUGGAUUUUUUCCGCGCCUGUUUGUAAAGUCACGCGCGCCGUCUAUGCUGUCAACACGUAUGGCGGCCUUCUGCUGCUAGCAUGCAUCAGCGUGGACCGCUACCUGGCCGUGGUGUCGAGCAGGGCACGCCGCAAGUUUGCGCGGCUGGCGACGGCGGCGGUAUGGUUGACGGCGCUUCUCCUCAGCCUGCCCGAGCUCCUCUUCUCUGGCGUUUCGGGUUCCGGGCGCGAUGCCUACUGUGGCACGCUAGCCGGGGCCGCAGUCAAAACGGCCACGAACGCCGCCGCCGUCGCAGUCUUCGCUUUGUCCUUCCUGCUGAUGGCUGCGUGCUACUUGGCGAUCGCUCGCAUCUUGCGGGCGGGGAGCGAGACGUGGCUCCGCCGCCGGCACACCUUAAAACUGAUGAUGGCGCUGGUUCUGCUCUUCUUGCUCUUUCAGCUGCCUCACAGCGUGGUCGUGUCCCUGAAGAUGGCCAGGCCGCUUUGCGCCCCGGUGCCAGAGUACGUCACUUGCACCUUGGCGUUCGCCCGCUGCUGCCUCAAUCCCGUCAUGUACGCCCUGGUGGGCGGACGCUUCCGCAGUGAGGCACUGAAGCUCCUACGGGGGCACCGAACAGGCCUUCGGGCCUCGGUCUCUACACCCACAAAAGAAGCUGUCUGAUUGAGAGUGGCCUGGGGGCGCGUCUGGUAAUGGGGGCAUCACUGAUAAUGCGUUACUAAAAGGUAGUCUACAGCCAAUCUUUUGGUAAACCUAACAUCAACCACACCCCAGUCAUGGACGCAUAUAGUGGAAGCUAGCUAGUUGGCCAACGAUUUCUAAGCACAAGAACUUUGCCGAAAUUGGGAAACUCCAAAUCUGGGUGAGGUUAAGGUAUACGAUUAGGUAACAACUAACAACCUAUGUGCUUUAUCGUUAGCACUUUAUUGUGACGUAUGGUCAGACACGCUGCCAUUUCCAGACGCCUUUGAAAUGUAUUCCAUAUAUGUCUUUCACAAUCUUGGGGAGAAAUUUUGAACAAACGUUCAUUCGCGUCCCUGGGUGAACGAUUCAUCGUCGACUCAGCCAUGGGCGGAGUUUGACUUUUGGGGCAGGGGGGCACAAUAUGUUGACGAUCCCAAAACGCAGUGUCAGCAAUAAAAUUAACUUACAAGAAUAUUCAAAAUAAUAAGUUGACAAUGAGUGUUUUUUUCCCCCCGUCAUUCUUGAGAGGAAUUCUAAAUCAGGCUGCUUCUGCAAUACUUUUGGCCAAGAUCGUCAUCCGUUGAAUUUGGUACGCCCGUCGGUAUCAUGCCAAUGUAGUUACUCCAGUCAAAAAUUGUAUCUGCUGGGCGGAGCCAUAUGACGGUAGAUUUGGGUCUUUAUUAUUCAGUCAAAAAAAAGUUGUGUUUGCAAAAAUAAAUUUGAAACUCAAAAA